GAUUUCAUACCUUAUGGAUGCUUGGGUUUCGUCCUCGUCUUUCUCGCAAAAAGUCUCUAGUCGAGUUCAUCACCGGGAAGAGCAUUGACGAUCUUGCCAGUCUAUCUGACCUCAAGUAUCUGCAACUUCAGCUUGGCCUUCCUGAUCUUAUCGAAGACGACCUUGAGGAAGAGCUUGCCGGUCCUAGCUCCCACCACGACUCUGUCUUCGCCUUUCCUCAACCCCUUCAGCAGUUACAGUCUACCGCGCGAACAUACAGAAGGAUGCCUGCUUCAAAAGAGAGUGGAAUCGGUUCCGACGACCAGAAUGGCCUCGUCUUCUCCAUCUCCGGUCCCGUCAUUAUCGCAGAAAACAUGAUCGGUGUGGCUAUGUACGAGCUCUGCAAGGUCGGCUACGACGAGCUAGUUGGUGAGGUCAUUCGGAUAGAGGCCGAUAAAGCUACUAUUCAGGUUUACGAAGAGACUGCUGGCGUUACUGUGGGAGAUCCUGUCAAGCGAACAGGCAAACCUCUAUCUGUCGAGCUUGGACCUGGGUUGAUGGAAACCAUUUACGACGGCAUUCAGCGACCUCUGAAGGGAAUCGCCGAUGACACGAACAGCAUCUACAUUCCUCGUGGUAUUUCCAUCCCUGCACUGGACCGCAAGAAGAAAUGGCCGUUCACACCUACUAUGAAAGAGGGGGAUCACAUCAGCGGCGGAGAUAUCUGGGGCAAAGUCGUUGAGAACAGCUUGUUGAAUGAACACAGAAUCCUGAUGCCGCCCAGGGCACGGGGCACAAUCAAGAAAAUUGCUCCCAAGGGCGAAUAUACCGUUGAUCAACCUCUCCUCACGGUUGAGUUCAAUGGAGAAACCAAGGAAUACCCAAUGAUGCACACAUGGCCAGUCCGUGUUCCCAGACCGGUCAACGAAAGAUUGCAGGCAGACUCACCCUUUAUCGUUGGUCAACGAGUGCUUGAUGCCCUCUUCCCAUCAGUUCAAGGUGGCACUGUGUGCAUACCUGGGGCUUUCGGCUGCGGCAAGACCGUCAUUUCACAAUCUGUCUCGAAGUUUUCCAACAGCGAUAUUAUCGUCUAUGUUGGCUGCGGUGAACGAGGUAACGAAAUGGCCGAAGUCUUGAUGGACUUUCCUGAGCUUUCCAUCACAAUUGACGGCCGCAAAGAGCCCAUCAUGAAGCGAACCUGCUUGAUUGCAAACACUUCCAACAUGCCCGUGGCUGCGCGAGAAGCCUCAAUUUACACUGGAAUUUCUGUAGCGGAAUAUUUUAGGGACCAGGGCAAGGCUGUUGCAAUGAUGGCAGAUUCGUCGUCGCGAUGGGCAGAAGCUCUUCGAGAGAUUUCCGGUCGACUUGGAGAGAUGCCUGCUGACCAGGGUUUCCCAGCCUAUCUGUCAGCUAAGCUCGCCUCUUUCUACGAACGAGCUGGUAACUCGGUUGCCCUCGGAUCUCCAGAACGUACCGGCAGUAUCUCCAUUGUGGGUGCGGUCUCACCGCCUGGUGGCGAUUUCUCAGAUCCUGUUACAUCUGCUACCCUAGGUAUCGUGCAGGUCUUUUGGGGAUUGGACAAGAAACUUGCUCAGCGAAAGCAUUUUCCCAGUGUCAAUACCUCUUUGUCAUACAGCAAAUACACCAACAUCCUCGACAAGUUCUACUCCAAAGACCAUGCCGAUUUCCCCAAGCUCCGAGACCGUAUCAAAGAACUUUUGACCAAUUCGGAAGAUCUCGACCAAGUCGUUCAGCUCGUCGGUAAAUCCGCGCUGGGUGACUCGGAUAAAAUCAUUCUUGAUGUUGCCGCCAUGUUGAAGGACGACUUCCUGCAACAGAACGGUUAUAGUGAUUACGACCAGUUCUGUCCUCUGUGGAAGACUGAGUAUAUGAUGAAAGCCUUUAUGCAAUUCCACGACGAAGCACAAAAGGCUGUCUCGAGCGGCUUGUCGUGGGCGAAGGUCAGAGAGUCGACGGGUGAUAUCCAGCACGGCCUUCGAAGCAUGAAGUUUGAAUUGCCAGACAACCAAGAGGAGGUAUCGAACAAGUACGAUAAGCUGCUGCAAAACAUGUCGGAGAAGUUUGCUAGUGUUAGCGAUGAAUAGAAAGAUUCAACUGGGUGACUGACUAGUCAAUGGG